CCUUCCCCUUGCUGGCGGCCGUCGCACCUACACACUUGCACACCUCUCGCCACCUGCCCCCAGUCGAUCGCUAUGACCAUCGACGAAAACCUAUCCGUGGUUGCGGAGCUUCGUGCCCUCCUGCAUCAUGUGCUUCUCGACUUCCGGAAAGCAGAGAUGCCAGCAUGGGUGACGGAAUUCCACCCCGAGAAACUGGCCUGUGAGAUCGAAGAGCCUUGGAUUCGUGGCUCGUACAAUCUCUGCAUACCCGUUGUCUUUUCCAGCGGUGAGAAGUGGAUCGUUCGCUUUCCCCGUGACGGCAAGACCCUCGCAAAACACAUUGACGAGAAGGUCGCCAGCGAGGUCGCGGCCCUGGAGCUUCUCCGCGAGAGGACCGACAUUCCUGUCCCCGAAGUCAAGGCCUGGGGCUUUGCCCGCGACAACAGACUCGCAACGGGAGCUUUCAUCAUGGAAGGAUUCAUCCCCGGCGAGAGCCUUUCGAAAAUUCUGAGCGAUCCCGAGGAUGAUUCGGUCCCUAUGCGGGACAAUCUGGGCGACGUGAUCGACACCAUAUACCGGCAGCUUGCACGAUUUAUGUUUCAGAUCUUCGAGCUAGAUUUCAGCCACAUCGGCAGUCUAUGCAAGCAAACGCCAUGCACCCAGCCGCCACUUACAAUGACUGCGAACGAGAUAACUUGUCUCUCCGGGGCGGACGUCCUCGGCCCAAAAAGUAAGGCAUUUUCUACCACCACCGAGUAUUUCCAUCAUGUCGUCGAGCAGCACUGGCAACAGUUCGCCAAACAGCGGAACUCGGUGGAGAACAGCGAGGAAGGCAGGGCGAAUUAUGUCUUUCAUAAAGUCCUGAAGUCUUUGACCGGCCAUCAGGUCUGGCCGGAAUAUGACACUGGACCGUUCAAGCUUAUUUGCGACGAUUUCGGCCCAGCGAACAUGCUUGUCAACAACAGCCAGGAACUGAAGAUCGUCGGAGUCGUCGACCUUGAGUGGUCCUAUGCAGGCCCAGCUCAGCUGCUUGCGACAGCUCCUUGGUGGCUCCUUCAGGAAAGACCCAGUGUUUGGAUCCACACCAUUGAGAGGCGAGAAAUGUUUCUCCGGCACUGGACCAAAUUCAAGCACAUCCUGGAGGAAGAGGAGGCGCGGAUGCGGCCAGAUGGCCGGCUGUCGGCGUUGGUCAAGCGAUCUGAAGAGAACGGGACCAUGUGGUACCAUAUGGUCCUUCGAGGCUUUUUCAUUGCCUACGACGACUUCCCCUCGGUGGAGCUGAGAGACAGCAUACCAGAUUGGGAGGAGCGGGCGGCAGAGGUUCCCGGGGAGGAUAUUCAAUCUUUCCUCGACGGAAAGAAGAAAGAACUUGAGGCGUACGAGGCUAACAAGAAGACGAUUGAGCCUCUCUUUACCGAGGUACAGGAGAGAAGGAUGAUGACCGACGAUUUCGUUGCGUUUAUCGAAGGUCUGUAUGGAAGAGGCGAUGGACAGGCGGGCUAAGGCCAGUCGACCAGCCCCCAUCGAAUUGCGCGCUGCCAACAUCGUUUAUGAGCCCUGGCGGCCAGGCGUUCGCGAAGACCAACGAGGACGUGGCAAGGGUCUGAUAGAUCCGAUUGACCUGACGGGGGAGCGAUCCAAUCCCGCCAGGGGCUGUUGGAGAGUCUGGGUCGGAAGAAGGCUGCAACGUAUGGGGAGAUUGGGGGAAGCGGCGAUACCUCGAGCCAAGCCGAACUCGGAUGCCGUUGCUCCUCUGCUAGGUAGUCGAGCUAGCGCAGUGACUUUGGCCUACUGUACCACUUCGAAGAUCCGAAUGUAACUAGAUAGUACAGUACGCUCCAGUGGCUUUUGUGUCGUAAACCGUGUCGAG